CGCAUAGGGAAGCCGCUGCUUGCACCGCCGUGUACUGACGUAUAUUGUGCGCGCCGGCUCACGAUAGCCGCUAGAGAGGGAAUGGAUGCUGGAACGGCGGGAGGUUUGGGCGGAAGCGGGUCCGAGCCAAUAUGACAGCGUCCUGAUGUGCGGUUGCUAUAACUGCGGGACGCAAUAUGUAUUCAAGUGGCAACUAAACUCGUUCCUUCAUAAACUCACAGGGACUUCAGAUGUGUUGCAGCUUAAUUGACAAAGUGUUAGCUGCAGUUGAAUUAAAGAGAAAAAGGUGUAAUCGACCAUGGAGAUUUCAACUUUAGUCAAGAAACUUGGUCAUCAAUUAGUGGAGAUUAGAGAGCGAGCACUAAAAAAUAUCCUUUGCAAGCUUGACCAUAAUUUGGUUUCGUUAGUUGACUUGGCACAAGAGAAGACAUUCUUCCUACAUCUUCUAGAAUGGUUUAAUUUCCCAGCAGUGCCAAUGAAAGCAGAUGUACUGCAUCUUUUAAAUAAGCUGGUUAAGCACUCUGAAGCUGCACAGUGGCUGAUUCAACUUGGUGCAGUGGAUUUCUUUUCUCAACUGCGGUCAAAUGUAGAACCAGAUCUUCAGGCAGUAGUGGAUAGUAUUUUGGAUGGUUUGUUCCUUCUUCCUACAGAACGGGCCUAUAACGGCCAAGAUUCUCCUCAUGAUGUAAAAUCCUGGACAUCACAAGAAUAUACAGCUAUACAGAAAGAAGGCACCUUGACUGAUGGAUAUUUUCAACAAUUGCUUACAUUGCAAAAUUCAGAAAAUUCGCCAGAAGAAACUGCAGCAAGCCACUGUCCAGUUAAAUGUCUGAAGUUUUCUACCUUUCCUUGGUUGCCGUUAACAACAACAGAUAAACACGUGCUCUCAUCAAAUGAAAGCUCUCUAAGAAGCAAUAACCCCAGCUUAGUUUGGAGAAGUUGCCAGCUUCUACAGGAUGUUGUUAUGCAAGAUUUUCCUCCUGAAAUUUUUCUUCAAAGGCCAAAAAUUGUACAGAGCCUGCUGUCUUUAUUUGGACUUGCAUCAGAAAAAGAUGGCCAGCAACAUUUGGCUUCACAAUCUAUUUCAUGUCUAUCCCAGUUAUGUACACUUCUUAGAAAUAGAUUCAGUUUUCACAGAGAUCCAAAUUUUUUAAGUACAAAGCAAGAAAUAGUUUCCCAUAAUUCUUUUGCGUCUUACUGCCAUGAUGCACAAGCUAAUAAUUCUCAAGUUCCUUCUCCUCAAAAUGAAAACUUUAGACCCUCUGUUGUGGGUCGUACCAGUCAGCGUCUUAGGGGAGAUGGACAAGACUGGGAUACUGCAUCAUCUAGUGGGAAUAGCACGCAAGCCCAUGGGCCCUCCAGGUCUUCUCAUUUAUCCCCAAUGGAUAUAGGACACUUGGAGUUUCCAGAACUAGAACAUGAAGAUACUUUAGAGAUACAGUUUCAGCAGUUGAGCCUGCCUCAGUUUUGUGUAUUACUUCUAGAAGCUGCUACACCUCUGCUAAAAUCAGACAGGAAGAAGCAAAUAAUGUGUAUUCUUGAAAUGCUCCGAGAAAAUAUAAUACUGCUCAGUGAGACCGUUUCAGAUGAUGUCUGGGAAGAUGAAAGCCUUACUGGGCGAGAACUGAGACAUAAUCUUCUUUCCAUCUUGGAUACACUUGGGGAUGCUAUAUUGUAUCAUAAAAAUAACAAUAGUUCUGAGCAACCCAGCUCUUCUCUUAUGAGUCACAGAAUGGCAUUUAUCAGCAUCUCGCUUUUUACAAUGCGCCUGCUGCAAAGCAUUCUCCCUGUGGAAAAGGCAAAUGAUGUUCUGCCAGAGAGCUUGAUGAAUGCUUUGUUUCUUAUAUCUCUCGACCUGCCGUUUCGCAUGGCAUAUCCUAGCGUUCAUGAAUCUGUUAUAUCUUUUAUGGAGCAGCUGAAUUCUGAGCACUGUGGCAUUUAUAAACAAUCCUCAGAGACCGCAUAUUCAAUUGAAUGUGCGACAACUUUUAUGUUGUAUUCCAGGAAAGAGGGGAAAAAGGAUUUUAUAGAAUUGGUGGAGCUGGCGGAAAAGGCCCUUUCUAGCCUUCCUUUCCAUAAACAUUUUCCUUUGGUUCAGAAAUUCAUUCAGAUUUGCUCAGACAUUUUUAAGUCUGCACAAAGUUCUCCUGUUCUACUAGAGGAGAGUCAAAAAGUUCUGCUUUGCUUGAUGUCUCAUUGGAUGCCAUUAGUAAAAGCAGAGGCUUAUAAAACAAACUUAGAAAUUGUUAAGGAUUCCUUGGGAAUUCAUAACGUCACCAAGCCUGUAUCAUCAGUAUGUCAAGGUAUACAUUUCCUCCUCCACUCAAAGGUGCUAUAUGAAAUAUCUACAUUUGGAUUGCAAGAAUCAAACAGUGAGAUAUGUACUGCAGCAAAGACAAUUCUCUCAUAUUUACUUCAAGGACGCCUUGUCAUGGAAAAUCAUACUUGGAAUACCUUAAUUGAAUCGAUUUGUCCAGUAAUACCAGUUUUACAGGGAUUUGCAGAUACAGAAGAAACCCUAGGUACAUCCAUCUUAACUUUAUGUGAAACAUCUGCAAAUGAUGAUGGGAUUUUACCUAAAACUGCGAGGAUAAGAGCAGCUCUGCGGCAACUUUUUUCUAAAAAACAGGCAGUCCGCUCUGUGGCCAUCAAAUGGAUAGCAGUACAUUUAAUGAAUGAGGAAGAUUCAACCUGCAAGCGACCCCAGAUUCUAGGAAGUACUUUGUCUAAUGCAGUCUGUUUGUUUAUCCUAGAACAGCCACUUGAUCUUAAGCUAGAUAACAAUGAAAAGUCAUUUUUUAUGGAAGACACUGUUCAAAAAGUAUGUGAAAUAUUUCUCUCAGACACAGUGGAUUUUGCUCUGCAGAAAUCUGCAGCUGAACAGAUGUCGGUUAUAGCACAGGAUGUGAAAAUGCAUAGUGUUCUUAAAAAGCCGGGUGUAGUGGACAAAAUCCUUCAUUACUUAUAUAAAUAUGUUCAACAAGACGGGAAGGCAUUUGAGUGUAUGAUUCUGCCAUGCUUAAUGCUUUUACGCAAGAUAGUAUAUGCUGAUCCCGGAUUUCGACUGACCCUUUCGCAGAAACCUUGCUUCCUACUUACAUUAUUCCGAGUAUCUUUGAUGAUGCAGCAAGAAGUAACUUCACUCACGGAAGCUGCUGCUUUAUUGUGUAUGCUCCUGUUUGAUGAAAUAUCAAGAAUGGACACAUGGUCAGAGGCCAUACCUUUUUGCACCCAACCUCCUUUUGGACUUCCUGUCACUGUAGUUAGAAGAUUCCACCUUCCUGUACUAGUUAGUGCCUAUCAUGCUGUCAGUCCCUACACGAUGGCCUCUUCCUUAUCUGCUGAGUGGUUAACCUCGAAGCCAGUGUCAGUUAUGCUUCGGAUGUCUUGGAAUAUUUCUUGGCACCAGGGAGUUGAUCCGUUCUUAAAAACAGUGGCAAAUGAACAAGAAGAAAUUGAAAAUUCUUUAGAAACAUUAAAGUUAUCCCCAGAAGAAGUUCUGACAUUGAAGAUGACACACUCUGUUAGUGGCCUGCAAGAUUGCCUGAGUUCUAUCAUUCAGGCUGUGUCUCAUGGGGAAGUUCGCUCUGCUGUUGCUAGGAUGAAUUUUUAUCUUCUAAAUGACAGACUGGUUUUAAACUGCCUGACUGCCUGUUACAUGUCUUCCUUGAAGUGUCUGCCAUGGCAUACUGCAUUGAGUAGGUUUUUGCUGGUUCAUCCUGCUUGUGAGGAAGAUGAAAAGCUUCUGGCAGAUGUGAUACGUUUUUUAAAUAAGAUAUUACAAGAGCAGAAAGGAAAUUCAGAUCCACACGAUCUCCAAUGGAUACUAGAGAUGCUGCUUAAACAAAGCCCAAGUCCACUGUUUGAGCUAAUGGAGCAGAAAGAAUAUCCAGCCAAAAAGGAUUUGGAUGAUACACGAGCAGCUGUGAGGCAGCAUCUGCAAAAAGAGCUGAUGAUGUUUUUUAACACACUAAUGCUCUGUUUAACUUCAGUUACUGAUCGAAAGUGUUUGGUACUUGGUGGAACAUUCAGAACACAACUGGCAUUGCAUUUGCUUAACCGUUUAAAAAUAUCAGAUGCUCCUCAUUUCUAUGGGCUGCCAUCUCUUGCACAGACUUUAAGAGGAAUGAGUCAUGUGACUUCACAGCCAGGUUGGAGUGCCUACAGCCCAUCUACAGAGCCAUUUGCAGUUUGUGUUAAAACACUGACUAGCCUUCUGGAGAUCAUCUCAUCAUUUUAUGUGGAAUGGGGAGGAAAUGCUCUUUCCUAUAUGGGUAAAGGUGUAACGAAGAGCACAGUAUUGUGCUUGCUUCACUUGUCCCAUGAGAUGACAGCUCAAGCUAAAAACACGGACUGGAUACAUCUUUGGACUUUACCUUAUGACCAUGGCACUGAAGAUCAGGUUUUAUCUCGACUUGGUUUGGAAUGGUUGAUACCUUUAUGGGUUGAUAGAGACCCUGAGGUAAGGUUUACAAGUCUUGGAAUUGCAUCAGCUUUAACUUGUCUGCAAAAAGGUUGCCUUGCUUUGUCUGCCAGCUGUCAGAACAUUUCAGGUGGCCUGUGGGGAACAGUGUUCAGUAUAUUCCUAAACCAGAAUGAAUGUAGCAUGGUGCGCAGAGAGGCUGCCUUUGUUCUUCAAAAUUUGCUUGUUAUACCAAUGCCUGAAAGUCUCGAAGAUUCAAAAGAGUAUGAGUUUCAGGGCCCCUGUAUACAUGAUGAGGAGUCUGGAUUAACAUUGGUAGGCAGAGCUGCUCUUCAAGUUUUAUUACAUGACUACCAUUUAUAUGAUCAUGUUGGUCAGAUGGUGAAAAACUGCUACUUUGGUCAUUACACCUUUGGCUACAACUAUUCCAGCUUUUCAAGUAAAGCUGCAAAGGAUAAUAUUAAUGGAUCUGAAGACUCCCUUUACCUCUGGCAAAGUGUGCAUAGCUUUUCAGGCUCCAAAUCAACAUUGACCACUUUGAUUAAUCCUGGAUCAUCAUCCACAGUCAGUACGGACCACUUACUUUCAGUCUCUAUACCUUUGUGCUUAGAUAAUGUUGCUGAUCUACUUUCAGAUCAAGAUCAUAACAGCAAACUUAAAACGCCAUCUAUAAGCACAGAAAACAGCGAGGAGACAAAUUCUUUUCCUGAGCAGUGUUCUGUAGUUACCCCAUGUUUGCUGUCUGCAGUGUGCAGUUUACUCGAAAAUCUGCUGGCAGUGAAUCCAAAAGUCACAGUAAUGGAAUUAUCCGAGAGAUGCAUAGUUAAAUGUAUGGCAAGCCUUCUAACCCCUGGGCUGCUAGAAAGGUUCUUUUCUGAUCUCAAGGACCCACUUACUCAUGGCCAAGCAAAAACCAUGAAGUCUCAGGCUAUUGUCUUGUGGCAAUAUUUAUCUUCCAUGUCAGGACUUGCUCACACAUGCCUGCUUGCAGAUGCCAAUCUUGUUGUGCAGGAUGAAAUUAUAAAUCCAAUACUUGCUGUGAUAUUUUCUUCCCUGUCUAUGAAGAAUAACAAAACCUGGGACACUGAACUGCAGUAUGCCAUUUAUCAAGCAUGGACAGAUAUGUUUACAUUUUUAGCAAUAUUGUUAAAAAAAAGUGGUCAAAUUAUCCUUUUUCAACUGGAAGCUGUGCUAGCAAAAUAUGGAAAUAUUCUGCUGGAUACUGUGGAUGAGUGUUUAAGCCUAGCCACAAGCCAUUCAAAGCUCUAUACAGCCUGUCUGCAGUUCCUUGCAUUGCUCUUCAGUGAACAUGGAAAACAUCCCAAGCUAUCUUCAUCCACAACUGCAGCACUGUGCUCCCUCCUAGAUGGAAAUGAAAACAUGGGAUAUGUCCUUUGCAAGUCACUCCUUCGGAGCUGUGACGAAAAGGCUACAGAUAACCCUCUCAGACAAAUUUGUACAAGAACCUUAAUCCUACUGUUGGCUGUUAGCAGAAGUGCAAGGAAGUACAGUCUAGAUGCUCACUUGGUGGAUGGCUGUAUUCAAGAAAUAAAACACAUUCACGCCCAGCUAAACCUUGAUUCCCUGAGGCCUGGGAAAGCAGCACACAAGAAAAAGGAGGAAAAUCAUCUGAAACAGUUAAAAGUUCUAAUGCAGAUUCUAAGGAAUUGUCUUUAUCAAAAUGAGGAAGGAAAAGCUGCAGCCAUAGAUUCCCAGUUUCCUUUUGUUCUACAUUCUCUUUGGCCCUGGUUAUUGAUGGAUGAUGCUUUGAUGCAAGGUGCUCUGCAAUUACUUUGUGUCUACACAGCAUACUACCCUGCAGCAUGUACUUCCUUAUGUUGGACAAACACUGGAGUGACAACACCACAACCUCCCCCCAAAACAGGUGCAAGCAAUUCCCUUAUGCACAACAUAUUGAAGCUAGCCUCUGACUCUACUGCUAAUAACAGUACUGUUCAACAGAUGGCUUUUGCUCUACUUUCAAAUCUUGUUGUAAUUCAGGACUCCAAAUGUAUUAUUCAGAAGAGUAACUUUCUACAGAACUUUCUUACCCUUUCGCUGCCAAAAGCUGGAACCAAGAGCCUUUGUAUCUUGGCAAAUAAUUGGCUAAAAUUUCUUUGGAACCUGUCAAUGGGAAGUGAUGGUCAACAAAUGAUCCUGAAACUAAAAGGAAGUUUAGACCUUCUUGUUGAGUUGACAACAUACAAGCAAAAGAUGAUUUCCCCUGUUGCCUUGCUUAUUUUGCAUAAUGUCUGUUUCAAUACAGCAAAUAAAGCCAAGAUACUAUCAAACGAUAAAGCUGUGGCUGUGCUUUCUACAUGUCUGGAAAGUGACAAUCUCCUUGACCAGCAAAUAGGAUGUUCUGCAUUUUGGGCACUACUCCAUGGUUAUCAAAAGGCCAAAGCUACUCUCAAGAAUCCAUUAAUAAGGGGAAGAAUUGAAGAAGCCUUGUCUACGUUAAGAAAAAAUUCCAGUGUUUUACAAGGGAGACUUGAGAUUUAUCAUUUAAAGUGUUUGGAAAAUCUGGAUCUUCUUCUGAGCAACUGAGUGGGGUGUUUUGUUUGUUUUUUUGUUCAUUCGUAUAAGUAUUCCUGUUUAGGGGGGCUGACAUACAGGGUGCUUCAUUGCCUACUGCAAAAUCUCCUCUCCUGCAGAGGUAACACCUGCCCCUUCACAUUAGUUGGAAUUAUUUAUUGUAAAAUACAUUACAUGCAGUGAUCCUGUGUAAUCACUCAGAAAUGCCUCCUUCCACAUUUUCAGGCGAUUACCCGGGGUCAGUUUAUGUAUUGUGUUUUACAUGCGGUGAUUCCAAUAAAUGUAAUAGGGCAGGUGUUGUCAGGCACUUUAUUGCCUGCGGGAUAGAUCAUUUCCAGGUGGAUGAUGAAGCACUCAGUGAGUCAGGGCCCCUUGGUCUUAUAUGUUGUUUUUCUUUAAGAACGUCCUUGAUUGAAAUUCAUCUUAGAAUACAGAAACAUUCCCAUAUUGAUUAAUUUACUGUGCUCAUUUGCUUUCCUGCUUGGAAAUGGGGAACACUGUUAUCAUAUGAAGCCAAAAAUGAGGGACUGAUAUUGAAUAUGGUUGAAUAUAAUAUGUAGCAAAGGUUGUAGUUUAUAUGGUAAUGUAACAAAGCCUUAGUCGUAUAAAACAAAGCUUUAAAUAAUGUAUAUGCUUGUUUUCUAAUACAUUUCUAUGUAUUUUUAUAUAUAUUUUUUUAAUGAAAUAAUAAAAAUGAUUGACUCUUAAAUAAAUUAUUAGUAUCAUC